UCUUGUGAGAAAAUAAAUGGAAGGAUGUAAUCAUCAUCAUUAAGAAUAUAGAAUUUCAUAGGGUUGACCUGAUCGAUGGCUAGGUGCUUUAUUCUUUCUUAAUUGUCUAGGUUCAAAUCUUGAGGCCAUCAUCGUUGAUGCUAUAUAAUAUAGGUAGAGUAUUUUACCAGGAGCACAAGACAAGUUCCUGGUUUCUUCGAAUAAAAUAACUAGCUAGCAAGCACUGGUAAAUUCAUACAUUACCAUAUGGGGAACUACAACUCCACAACAGGCUGUGGUGCUUCUGCUUAUUCUCGACUUCCUAGUACUCACUAUUCUCCUGAUGAUGAUCACUCCCUAAGGGACCCUCUUCUACGCAAUAUUACACAGAAGGUGGAGGAGCAACAUCAACAGCUUCUUCAUCAUAUUUAUGAAGCAACUCGUGUAAAGGAGACAGUAAAAUCGGCCACUACGUCUAGCUCUAGCUUUAACCCUAACCCUCCUCCCUCUAAGCCCAUGCAGGAGGAGCAAAAGCCGAAUGGUCACCAUGCCCUUGAAAAGGAGCAAAAGCCGAAUGGUCACCAUGCCCUUGAAAAGGAGCUUCAUCAAGAGUUGAUCAGGCAUGGAGUUGCAAAGCCAAAAGCUUUAGCUUCAUGCCCUUCAUGUUACAAACAAGGAGAGGCCAUUGAGAGACUCAAGGAGAAGAAUGCUAGUCUAGAGAAGAGAGUCAUGGAGUUGACAGCUACUAUAGAAGAGAUGAAGAGGACUAGUGAUUCAAACAUAAUUAAUAAUAAUAAUAUCAAGAUACCUGCGGCAGGCUCAGGCUCAGGCUCAGGCUCAGGCUCAACACCCCAUCAGAGCAACAUCAACACUCCAAUUAUACCUGAUGAUCUUGUAAACCUGCAAACCAGUCCAGUUCCUGAUAGCAGUACCAAUGAAAUUGAGAUGAAGAAUGAUUCAAUGAUGAGUGAACAAAGCUCCGCGACACAAGCUCUACAAUCUGAGAUCAUCUAUGGAUCCCUGAAUGAUCUUACUGGAUGCCUAGUGGUUUUGAUUUUUCUAGUGGCCGUGCUCAUUGGUGUUUCACUAUAAACAAUCAUCAUUUCAUAAUAAUAAUUAAGACAUAUAUAAAUAUCUUAUGCAUGCAUGCAUGUGCUCAUGAUACAUGUCUUCCAUGAUUUUUGUAGCGUUUAUAUAGUACAUUGAAUAAAAAAGACCAAGUUUGUUUUU